AUGACGCCGUGUGGGAGCCGGUCAACAGGUUCUGAAGGAACAGUGUUAUCACCAAACUACCCCAAAAACUAUAGUGUUGGUCACAACUGUGUUUACUCUAUUGCUGUUCCCAAGGAGUUUGUGGUGUUCGGCCAGUUUGUAUUUUUCCAGACAUUGCUCCACGAUGUGGUUGAGGUAUAUGAUGGUCCAACUCAGCAAUCAUCUUUGUUAUCCUCCCUCUCAGGAUCUCAUUCAGGUGAAUCCCUUCCAUUGAGCUCUGGUAACCAGAUUACAAUUAGAUUUACUUCAGUUGGACCAGUAACAGCUAAAGGAUUUCAUUUUGUUUAUCAAGCUGUUCCAAGAACAAGUGCAACACAGUGCAGCUCUGUGCCUGAACCAAGAUUUGGAAAAAGGAUUGGAAAUGAAUUUGCUGUUGGUUCAUUAGUUCUUUUUGAGUGCAGUCCAGGAUAUAUCCUCCAUGGAUCCAUAGCAAUCAGAUGUGAUACAGUACCCAAUGCUUUGGCACAGUGGAAUGAUUCCCUACCUACAUGUAUUGUGCCCUGUGGUGGAAUUUUAACUAAGCGCAAAGGGACCAUUCUAUCUCCUGGUUACCCGGAGCCUUAUGACAACAAUCUGAAUUGUGUAUGGAAGAUCACAGUGCCAGAAGGAGCUGGGAUUCAAGUGCAGGUUGUAAGUUUUGCCACAGAACACAAUUGGGACUCUUUGGACUUUUAUGAUGGUGCCGACAACAAUGCUCCAAGGCUUGGAAGUUAUUCAGGAACUACAAUACCACCACUUCUCAACAGCACAUCUAACAAUUUGUACUUAAACUUUCAGUCUGACAUAAGUGUGUCAGCUGCUGGAUUUCAUCUUGAGUAUGCAGCUAUAGGUUUAGACUCUUGUCCUGAACCACAGACCCCUAGCAGUGGAAUUAAAAUUGGAGACAGAUACAUGGUUGGAGAUGUGGUAUCUUUCCAGUGUGAUCAAGGUUAUUCCCUUCAGGGACAUUCACAUAUCACCUGUAUGCCUGGACCAGUGAGAAGAUGGAAUUACCCUAUUCCCAUAUGUUUGGCACAAUGUGGCGGUGGUAUGUCAGACUUCAGUGGAGUGAUCCUUAGCCCUGGGUUUCCUGGCAACUAUCCCAGCAGUUUAGAUUGUACAUGGACAAUCAAGCUGCCUAUUGGCUUUGGAGUGCAUUUGCAGUUUGUAAAUUUUUCCACUGAGACAAUACACGAUUACUUAGAAGUAAGAAGUGGAUCUACUGAGACUAGUACUGUUAUUGGGAGACUUAGUGGUCCUCAGCUACCAUCUCCUCUGUUUAGUACAACCCAUGAAACCAGCUUAUAUUUUCACAGUGACUAUUCACAGAACAAACAAGGGUUUCAUAUUAUAUAUCAAGCUUACCAGUUGCAAAGUUGUCCUGACCCCCGGCCAUUUCGAAAUGGUUUUGUGAUUGGGAAUGACUUUACUGUAGGACAAACUGUUUCAUUUGAAUGCUUGCCUGGAUACACCUUGAUUGGAAAUUCAGCACUAACUUGUCUACAUGGAAUCAGUCGUAACUGGAACCACCCUCUCCCUAGGUGUGAAGCUCUCUGUGGUGGAAACAUAACUGCAAUGAACGGCACCAUAUACUCUCCCGGGUACCCUGAUGAAUAUCCCAACUUUCAAGACUGCUUUUGGCUUGUAAGAGUUCCACCUGGGAAUGGAAUCUACAUCAAUUUCACAGUUCUUCAAACAGAGCCAAUAUAUGAUUUCAUAACUGUCUGGGAUGGGCCAGACCAAACAUCUCCUCAGAUUGGACAGUUUAGUGGCAACACCGCUUUGGAAUCAGUCUACAGCACAUCGAAUCAGAUUCUAAUCAAGUUCCACAGCGAUUUCACAACAAGUGGUUUCUUUGUACUUAGUUAUCAUGCUUACCAGCUUCGAGUGUGUCAGCCUCCACCAAGUAUACCAAAUGCUGAAAUUUUGACUGAGGAUGAUGAAUUUGAAAUAGGAGACAUAAUAAGGUACCAGUGUCAACCAGGCUUUACACUGGUUGGUAAUGAGAUUCUGACGUGUAGAUUGGGAGAAAGACUACAGAUGGAUGGAGCUCCACCUACUUGUCAAGUGCUCUGCCCUGCCAAUGAAAUGCGCCUAGAUUCAACCGGCGUCAUAUUGAGCCCUGGUUACCCUGACAGCUACCCAAACCUCCAAAUGUGUGCAUGGACCAUUACUGUGGAAAAGGGUUACAACAUCAGCAUGUUCUUUGAAUUCUUCCAGACAGAAAAGGAAUUUGAUAUACUUGAGGUGUUUGAUGGUCCAAAUAGUCACAGCCCAUUGCUUAUUUCCCUUAGUGGAGACUACUCAUCCACUCUUAAUAUAACCAGCAAUAGUCAUGAAGUGUUUCUUCGUUGGUCAGCAGAUCACGGCACAAACAAAAAAGGUUUCAGGAUAAGAUAUAUAGCUCUUUAUUGUAGUACUCCAGAGUCCCCUCCCCAUGGAUUCAUUGUCAGUCAGACAGGCGGACAGCUAAACAGUGUCGUUCGUUGGGCUUGUGAUCGAGGUUUUAGGCUUGUUGGGAAAAGUACUGCUGUGUGCAGGAAAUCUCCACAUGGAUAUUAUACAUGGGAUGCACCAGUUCCAGCUUGUCAAGCAAUAUCUUGUGGCAUUCCUAAAGCUCCAGUUAAUGGUGGAAUAUUAACUACAGAUUACUUAGUUGGCACUCGUGUUACUUACUUUUGCAAUGAUGGGUAUAGACUCUCAUCCAAGGAGCUUACUACUGCAGUCUGCCAGCCAGAUGGUACAUGGAGCAAUCAUAAUAAAACACCUCGUUGUGUAGUUGUUACUUGUCCAAGCAUCAACUCCUUCACACUGGAGCAUGGGAGAUGGAGAAUAGUGAAUGGCUCACAUUAUGAGUACAAAACAAAAGUUGUUUUCAGCUGUGAUCCAGGCUAUUAUGGUUUGGGACCAGCGUCCAUCGAGUGUCUUGCCAAUGGAACAUGGAGUUGGAGAAAUGAGAGGCCUUACUGCCAAAUUAUAUCUUGCGGAGAACUACCUACCCCUCCAAAUGGAAAUAAGAUUGGAACUCAAAUCACAUAUGGAUCUACUGCUAUAUUUACAUGUGAUUCAGGAUAUAUGCUAGUUGGCUCUGCUGUAAGGGAAUGUCUCUCUUCUGGACUAUGGAGUGGAACCGAAACAAGAUGCUUAGCGGGCCACUGUGGUGUUCCAGAUAUCAUUGUCAACGGGCAAGUAAUUGGAGAAAAUUAUGGCUACAGAGACACAGUUGUAUACCAGUGCAACCCUGGUUUUCGGUUGAUUGGUUCUUCUGUACGUAUAUGUCAACAGGAUCAUAACUGGUCUGGUCAGCUUCCAUCUUGUGUGCCUGUUAGCUGUGGUCAUCCUGGUAGUCCAAUUUAUGGAAGAACAAGCGGAAAUGGUUUCAACUUCAAUGAUGUUGUGACAUUCUCUUGUAAUACUGGAUAUAUUAUGCAAGGGCCAACAAAAGCACAAUGUCAGGCUAAUAGACAAUGGAGUCAUCCACCCCCAAUAUGUAAAGUGGUCAACUGCUCUGAUCCUGGAAUCCCUGCUAAUUCCAUACGGGAAAGCAAAAUAGAACAUGGAAAUUUCACUUACGGCACAGUGGUGUUUUAUGAUUGCAACCCAGGAUAUUUUUUAUUUGGAUCUUCAGUUCUAAUCUGCCAACCAAAUGGUCACUGGGAUAAGCCUCUACCUGAAUGCAUUAUGAUUGACUGUGGCCAUCCUGGCAUUCCUCCUAACGCGGUCCUGUCUGGAGAUAAGUAUACCUUUGGAUCUACUGUUCAUUAUACAUGCACAGGAAGACGGUCACUAGUAGGCCAGUCAUCUCGGACAUGUCAACUAAAUGGACAUUGGAGUGCGUCACUGCCUCAUUGCUCAGGUGACACAUCUGGUUCUUGUGGGGAUCCAGGAAUCCCAGGACAUGGUUCUAGAGAAGACAGUGAUUUUAAAAUUAAAAGUACUGUACGCUUCAGCUGUGAUAUUGGCUAUAUCCUGCAUGGUUCAGAAGAAAGAACAUGCUUACCAAAUGGAACAUGGACAGGAAGACAGCCUGAGUGCAAAGCUGUGCAAUGCGGUAACCCAGGAACAACUGCUAAUGGGAAAGUGUUUCGUAUAGAUGGCACAACAUUUUCUAAUUCAGUAAUUUAUUCCUGCAUGGAAGGCUACAUACUUUCUGGAUCUUCUGUAAGGCAGUGUACUGCCAAUGGAACAUGGUCAGGAUCCUUGCCAAAUUGCACAACUGUGCAAUGCGGUAACCCAGGAACAACUGCUAAUGGGAAAGUGUUUCGUAUAGAUGGCACAACAUUUUCUAAUUCAGUAAUUUAUUCCUGCAUGGAAGGCUACAUACUUUCUGGAUCUUCUGUAAGGCAGUGUACUGCCAAUGGAACAUGGUCAGGAUCCUUGCCAAAUUGCACAAUAAUUAGUUGUGGAGAUCCAGGUAUACCACCCAACGGAAUGAGAUAUGGCGAUGAUUAUGUUGUUGGACAAAAUGUUACUUAUAUGUGCCAGCCUGGCUAUACAAUGGAAUCAAACAGCUCUGUCAUUCGCACUUGUACCAGUAAUGGCACAUGGAGUGGAACAGUCCCAACUUGUAAAGCUGUUACCUGCCCAACUCCUCCCCAGAUCUCUAAUGGAAGAUUGGAAGGAACAAACUUUGACUGGGGAUUUAGUAUUAGCUAUGUGUGCUCUCCUGGCUAUGAACUGUCUUUUCCUGCUGUUUUGACCUGUGUUGGAAAUGGAACUUGGAGUGGCGAGGUACCUCAGUGCUUACCCAAAUUUUGUGGUGACCCUGGUAUUCCUGCUCAAGGGCAAAGAGAAGGCAAGAGCUUCAUCUACCAGUCAGAAGUCUCUUUCAGCUGCCAUAUUCCUUUUAUUUUGGUUGGAUCCAGUACUAGGAUAUGCCAAGCAGAUGGGACUUGGAGUGGUUCAUCUCCUCGAUGUAUAGAACCUACCCGCACAGCAUGUGAAAAUCCAGGAGUGCCACGGCAUGGAUCACAAAACAAUACAUUUGGCUAUCAAGUGGGAAAUGUUGUUCAGUUUCAGUGUAAAAAAGGACACCUUCUCCAUGGAUCCACAACCCGCACUUGCCUUCCUGACCUUACAUGGAGUGGGAUUCAACCAGAGUGUAUACCUCAUAACUGUAAACAGCCAGAAACGCCAUCUCAUGCUAACAUUGCAGGAAUGGAUCUUCCUUCCCUUGGUUAUACUUUGAUUUAUACCUGUCAGUCAGGUUUCUUCCUGGCAGGAGGAUCAGAGCACAGAGCCUGUAGGUCUGAUGGCACAUGGACUGGGAAAGUUCCAGUUUGUGAAGCUGGUUCAAAGAUAUUGGUGAAAGACCCUAGACCAGCUUUGGGAACACCAAGUCCCAAGUUAAGUGUUCCUGAUGAUGUAUUUGCCCAGAAUUACAUAUGGAAAGGGUCUUAUAAUUAUAAAGGCAAGAAACAGCCCAUGACUUUGACAGUUACCAGUUUCAAUGCAUCAUCGGGUAGAGUAAAUGCCACACUUACCAACAGCAACAUGGAACUGCUGCUUUCAGGCGUGUAUAAAAGCCAGGAAGCCCGUCUGAUGCUCCAUAUAUAUCUCAUUAAAGCACCAUCUCAUACAACUGUGAGCAAAAUGAAAGAGGAAAAAUGGGCUAUGGAUGGUUUUGUUUCUGCUGAACCAGAUGGAGCAACAUAUGUUUUCCAAGGAUUUAUACAGGGUAAAGAUUAUGGACAAUUUGGACUUCAAAGAUUAGGUCUUAAUGUGUCUGAAGGUUCAAAUUCUUCUAAUCAACCACAUGGUACAAAUAGUAGUUCUGUCGCCAUUGCUAUCCUUGUGCCUUUCUUUGCCCUUAUAUUUGCAGGUUUUGGGUUUUACCUUUAUAAGCAAAGGACUGCACCUAAAACACAGUAUACAGGCUGCUCUGUACAUGAAAAUAAUAACGGGCAAGCUGCUUUUGAAAACCCCAUGUAUGACACAAAUGCAAAGUCUGUAGAAGGGAAAGCUGUACGAUUUGACCCCAACUUGAACACUGUUUGCACAAUGGUAUAAUGUGGUAAUGCUUUGUCUUCAGAAGUUUGGAAAUUGAAACACAACACAGUGCACGCGUAGUUCACUGAUAAAAAUUUAAAGCACACUUUUCAGGAUAUACUGGAUCACCUUUUCCUGAGGAUGAUAGACAAGAGUGUUUUUUUUCAUAAACUGGAACAGAAUUGUUCUUCAUGUGUACCAUGGAGAGUUUUACAGAAAAUCUGCUGCACUCCACGAGUGCUUACUCACAGUUUAUUUGCUUUUUUUAAAAAGGAGAUUAUUCUAAAACAUAAAACAUAUUUGCAUAUAUUGGAGGAGCAUCCACUAUCAGUACUUCUGUGCUUUAUAAAAUUAUAAUAGAGGGACUGGGUUUAAAAACAAAAAGAUAUAGGCUAGAAAAUAAGAGCUGUAAUUACAGGAGAUAAUAGGUCACUGACUUCUCUUUUGCAUUGACGAGCUAUCUCAUUCUCAUAAAUUUGAACUUUGUACCAUUCUUUCAGUUAUUCACCCCUGUUUAGCAAGUCUUUUUUUAUCAGACCAGUUGAUUUCUAACAUUGCUCAAUAUCAUGUCAUAAGUUUAAACCUACAAAUGUAACUUGCUAUUUUUUACAGUGCAGAAGGAAAAUAAACGACAGGUCUUCAGAUUUUAUUUAAUUUCUUGUUUCAUAUCUAGCCUUGUCCUCACAUUCAGUGUCAAGCUCCUUUCCUCUGUUCUCAUUAGCAAGACACACAGGUGAUAAUGGGUGUAGUCUUACUUCUCUAUACUCCCUCCUGUUGGCUUUUGCUAGUAGACAUUGGUUUUAUAACAAAAGAUGGUAGCACGCCAUAUGAAUUGUGCUUUGUCAUGCAGCAAAGUUCCUUCCUGUUGAAGAUGAUUUGGAAGAGUGACCAUUUUACACUUUUUUCUAACAUCAAAAUGUACCUUAAUAAAGUUCAGAUUAGAAAGAUAAUGUUUAUAGAGAUGCUAGAAAGCGAAAUCAAUAUAUCAAGAACAUAAGGCUUCGCAUUUCAAUCCAUAUUGCUGUCUAUACAUAUUUCAUUAUCAGCAUUAUUCUACUCCUUCAUUUUCUCAAAAUACACAUGCUUGUGGCAUGAUGCAAAGCCCAUGGAAAUCAAUGCAAUGACUGACUGAUUUCAGUGAGCUUUGGAUCAGGCCUAUCCAUUGCAUAAUCAUACUUUGGAAGUUAUUUGGGUUUGGCACACAAGUUGGUAUCAGAUAUUAUUAAAACAGACCCUCGCUAUAAUUAGCUAAAAUUGAAUUUAUUGCCGCAAUACAGUACAAACAGUCUUUUAAGAAAGUAAGACAUGGUUUAAUUAGGAUUAACCCAUCAAAAUAUACAAAUCUCACUCCCAGAAAGGCAAGUAUCAAACAUGGUAAAAUAAUUUUUUGCAGGAAGGUAAUCUUUAGUUUUACAGGUUUUUUUCAUAAGAGUUAUCCAUUGGCAACUCCAAUAAUUUAUUUGUAAGUCAUUGUCUUCCUUUUAUAGCAUGACUCACAAAUUCUGUAUGUUAGCCUGUGUGAAUUAUCUGUUACUGUCCCUUUAAGACAUUAAUAACUCUGUGAAAAAUCUAACCUUUUUAUUACCAUAAUAGAGAGUGCCUACCAAAAAUCAUUGUACCCAGGAUUGCUGCUUGGAUUUCUAAAAUGUUUGAUGAAUUUCUUAUAAACCAUUUUACAACACUUUGUUUUGAGAAUUCAUACAAUUCUGUCAAACUGUAUUCUACUAAAAAGAUGCUGUUUUAUAUUUUUUACCAUCAGUUGUUAUUUAUUCUUGUUUGUUCAAAUGACUGCAAUAACUAUGACUCAUUCAUUAAUGUUAAGGUUAAUAGAUUUGAGAUCGUUUAAAAUAUGUUUCUUCUGCGACUGGCUACUCCUCUUAUAUUAAUGCAUACACUUUUGUAAAGAAGUAUAUUUUUAUGAAAAAAAGGAUUUGUAAAAGUAUGAUGUAAAUUUUCAGUGCAAUGUAAACAAAAUAAAAAUGGACAAUUGCUUUUU